AUGGUCUCCCCGCUGCUCUCCCCGGUUGUUAACAAUACCGAACCCAGCCACAAUGGCCCUCUCUCAAAGGAUCCUCGUAAAUCGAAACCAGAUCCAAUAAAAUUUGAUCCAAUUUCUGCACUUAAGGAAUUCGCAUCCAUCACUGCAUCCAUCACUACAACCUCUGGUGAGCGUGAUAGAUUGAAAAAGAGAUCACAAGCUGAGGCAACUGCCCUCCGCAGAGCGACCGAUCGAAACUUCAAAUACCCAUCGAUUGCAAAACGACUCAAAACUGGGAAAGAGCAACUAGAUAGUGAGCUUGCUAGAGUUGAUGAAAAACUUCGAAGUUAUGAGAAAAUGCAAGAUCAUCUGAUUAAACUCUUGGCCUCAAAUUUCAACUCUGCUCAACAGUGGGCCGAGAGUCAGCUUAAGCCUGAAGAUGUAAAACGGGAUUUGAGUCAGGCAACGGCCGAUAUCGAGCAACGAAUCAAUUCCACAAAUAUAGAACUAAAUAACGUGAAAGAUGAAUUGAUCGCGAAGCAUAGCGAUCAGCAGAGCUCCCUUGGAUCUAUAAUUACAGAUAAAGUCAAGUCUAUGGGACUAGAGAUACUUGAGAAACAGCAACAACAUAUGGAUUCAUAUAUCUGUACGAUUGCAGAUGAACGCAAGCGGACAGAACUUUCGAUAAAAGCUCGUGAGGAAGAUCUUUCUAACCGGCUUGAAAUUGUGGGUCGCAAAAUCUCUGAACAACAGCGCUUGUGUAGUGUUUUGGGUGAAAAGUGGGAUUCUCUGCCAGUUACAAAUAAUGGCACCACAAUCGGCGCCGUUGCGGAAAUAAUGGGUCAAGUCCAGAAUCUUCGACAUGUUCAAGAGGCAAAAGACGAGGCCAUCGCGGAUGAACUUGACAAAUUUGAAUACAGAGUGGCUUCUAUGGAAAACGAGUUAGCGAAAUUAAAACAGAUGGUGGGAAACAGCACUCAGCCGUCUAGUGUUGCUGUUCCUGCUGUAAAAGCUGAAAUUGAGGAAAUACAGCAGACUUUACAUGGGGUAAAUCAGUUCCUGGAGAAUCAGUCACAAAUACAGCAGGCACACCAAACCGCUCUCCAUUCCCUUGAAACGCGAUAUAAUCAUCUUUCCACGGAACCAAUUGUUCAGCAUAUGGUGGCGGCAAUGCAGGAAAUGUAUCCUCAUGCCAGUUCCGUGCAGCAAGAAAUCGUCGGCAUAAAGGAAACGACAAACAAACUGAUCACCACAAUCAAUUCCAUACGUGGCGAAAUCCGCACUGCCGAGAAUUCACGAACGGCUUUAGUAACCGAUAUGACCGCAGAAAGAGAUCGAAUGACGCAUGAGAUUGGCUAUCUCCGGUCGAGAACAGAUGCCCUUUCUCAUGAAAACCUUCUGUCAAAGGUAGACGAUGUUGAAAAACUUUUGAGAUCGAGAUUGGAUGAUGUUGAGAAUGUUGUGGCGGACAAACUCGCAGCUGUCUUGACACGCCAUGAGCAACUGCCAACAUCCCAGAACUCAUGA